AUGUAAAUAAGUAUUUUAUCGUAGCAAUGUUUAAUUCAUGUGAACAGAUUAAUAGUGGCACUGCAUAUCGCAAGCUAUAAUUCAUUAUAACCUAGAGCCAGCGAAACUAAAUCAAUAUAAAUAAUUGUAUUUUUCAUCAAUAUAAUGAGUGACGAUGUGGUAUGGCAACUCGUCAGGGAAGGUUUCUGCGCCUUUAGGAAAUGUACCGAUACAAAAGACUUCUGUAGUAAUGCCUAUAAUGUCACGGGAUUGUGCAAUCGAGCAAGCUGUCCACUGGCAAAUAGCAAUUAUGCCACUGUAAUCGAAGAUCAAGGAACACUUUUUCUUUGUAUGAAGACUGCGGAAAGGUGUCAUACUCCUUCGGAGCAAUGGGAACGGCUUAAACUAUCGAAGAAUUUGGAAACUUCAUUGAACCAAAUUAGUGAAGCUACUAAAGUCGGUAUCGCAGAAUAUCUCACCGAAAAAUGCCAUUUGAGACUGAAAAGAUGGCGUGAAGUGCUUCAAAGAAUGAGGAGACAAGCACUCAUACAAAAAACAAAACUUGUCCCUAUUAAAAAGAAAACUGAAAGGCGUGAAAAAAUACGUGAAAAGAAGGCCGAAAUCGCAGCUAGAUUGGAUAAUGCAAUCGAGCAGGAACUACUUAAUCGCCUUUCCAGGGGUACAUACGGAGAAUUAUACCAGUUUGAACAAGAUAUUGAUGGUGAAAUUGAAAAGGAAGAAGACGAGGAAGAUGUAGACUACGCAAGGAAUAAAUCUGUAAAGAGAAGAGCCAUGCCUCAUAUGGAAAUUGAAUAUGAAGAGGAUUAUGAACGUGAUCUGGCAUAAAAACUUGCAAAGCAGAUUUUUAUGAUGGCGGUCGCGAUGGUGUGUCUAGGAUCCAACACAUUUGCCAAAGCGGUUGAUUUCUGUGAACACGUUAAAAAUGGUAGUUAUAUGUACUCAAUAUCUCACACAAGCAUAAGUUGAAUAGUAAAACG